UCCAGGCUACAGAGUUACCCUCCAGGUGAUCUGAGCGUUCUCAGUUAGCGAUUCCUGGAUGAUGGAGGUGGCCAUGUGGUCAGUUCCAGGGAUUUGAUCUCUUCCAAACAUUCGCAAGGAGUGUCCCAGAACCAAUCAGGGAGAGGCAGGAUGGUCCCACCCCCUCCCACCAACAAGCCGCAUGUGUGCCUGUCCACCAUCAUCAUCAUGAGCAGCAUGGCACUGAUGGACGCUUACCUGGUGGAGCAGAACCACGGCCCGCGGAAGGUGGGAAUCUGCAUCAUGGUGACGGUGGGGGACCUGUGCUUUCUGAUAGUGCUGCGGUACGUGGCCGUCUGGGUGGGCGCCGAAGUUCGGACGGCCAAACGUGGCUACGCCAUGAUCCUUUGGUUCCUUUACAUCUUUGUCCUGGAGAUUAAAGUGUACUUUGUGUACCAGAACUACAAGGCGGACCGUAAGAGUCUGGACGCUCUGGCUAGGAAAGCUUUGACCUUACUGCUGUCUGUCUGCAUCCCCGUCCUUUUUGUCAUUCUGGUGGCCAUUGACCACAUGGAGUAUGUGAGAGUGUUUAAGAAGAAGGAGGAGAUCCGAAAUCGCCUUUUUUGGGUGGUGGUGGACCUGCUGGAUGUUCUGGACAUCCAGGCCAAUCUGUGGGAGCCGCAGAAGAAAGGCUUGCCACUGUGGGCCGAGGGAUUGAUGUUCUUCUACUGUUACAUCCUGCUGCUGGUCCUGCCCUGCGUGUCGCUAAGCGAGAUUAGCAUGCAAGGCAUUAACAUCAGCCCUCACAAGAUGAUGCUGUACCCCAUACUCAGCCUGGUGACCAUCAACAUCAUCACGCUUUUCAUACGUGGAGGGAACAUGCUUCUUUACAAAGACAACAGGGUGUCUGGGAUACUCAUGGGCAAGAACAUCCUGGCCAUCAUUCUGAAGACGUGCAGCUUCGUGCAGUAUCGGAGACAGCUUCAGAGCGCUCCUCCGGCAUUCGGGUUGGAACUGCAGAAAAACUCUGCCCCCCCAAGCCGUGCUGCUAACACACAACCGCUAUCACACACUCAGGACCAGCCUCCGCUGCCUGAACUCACCUCAUGUGAACACACAUGA